AUGACUUCGUCUCGAUCGACCAUAAACGUCUCUGGAGAGGGUACCAAGAAACCUCGUAUCCGUAUAUGGACCGCGGCGUUUCGAACCAACAACAAAACUCCAUCCCGCCGACAGCAGAAUAAACUGCCACGGCAGCCACACGAUGAUAGUCCAGAACGACGGUUGCAGUCGUUUCCUCAGCCGGACCAGGGAUGCUCAGGGGACAUUUGCCACCUUUCCGGGGAAUCGGAUACCCCUGUCGUUCAGAGCCAGUUCCGCUGCGACCACAAUCAAGGCCCAUCGUCCUCUGCAGCAACGAGCAAGUUGCCAAGAAUUAGGUCCUGGGACGGACCGUCUGGUCCCGUUCUUGCCGGCUGCCUCAGCAACUGGAAAAACAUGCGACAAGAUGCGCAAACGAAAAACGACCCAAGCUUGCCCUUUGCUCUUUUUGGGAAUAGAGACAAACCUGCCACAUCAAUGCCCCUGAAUAUCGAUAUCCAUAACGGCAUGCAAGAUGUGGUCAUCACCAGCGGCUUGCCACCAACUAAUUACGAAGUACAGAGUACGGAUGCGCCCCAGAUCUCGCAAGAAAGGAUUCAACCAUCCACGCGGUGUCGGUGUUCUGGUGACCCAUACCACUGGAUCAUCCGAAACGCCACCUGCGAGGCUGCGACCCAACCACUGCCCUGUGCCCUGUGCUCAAAAUGGGACAUGAAUCAGCUUCGCUUGGGCUAA